UUGUCAAACGAUACUGCCUUUUUCGUGGAUGGGUUCAUUGUACAAGGUCCUCCGAGAAGAGAAGGUGACUGGUGCAUAGCCAGUAACAUGGACACUGCCGAAGAGGCGGAUAUUUGUCGGGUGUGCCGCUCUGAGGGGACCCCAGACAAACCCCUGUAUCACCCCUGUGUCUGCACCGGCAGUAUCAAGUUUAUCCACCAGGAAUGUUUGGUCCAGUGGUUGAAGCACAGCAGGAAGGAGUACUGUGAAUUAUGCAAACACAGAUUUGCUUUCACACCAAUCUACUCCCCAGAUAUGCCCUCACGUCUGCCCAUUCAGGACAUCUGUGCUGGCCUGCUGACCAGUGUGGGCACAGCCAUCCGCUACUGGUUCCAUUACACGCUGGUUGCCUUCGCAUGGCUUGGAGUGGUUCCCCUCACAGCAUGUCGCAUCUACAAGUGUCUUUUUACCGGCUCUGUGAGCUCCCUUUUGACACUGCCACUGGACAUGCUGUCUACAGAGAACCUCCUUGCAGACUGUCUACAGGGUUGCUUCGUGGUCACCUGCACCCUGUGUGCGUUCAUCAGCCUGGUGUGGCUCAGAGAACAGAUAGUCCACGGCGGCGCCCCACAGUGGUUGGAGCAGCACCAGCCGCCGCCCCCCAACCCAGCCGGACCGGCCAAUGAGGCCCAGGCUGCAGGUCAAGGAGCAGCUGAUGAGCCCCCUGCAGCCCAGCCGGCCCCUGCUGACCCCCCAGCCCAGAAUGAGGCGGAACCUGAGCCCCCAGAUGCCCCCCCAGACCAGGCUGAUGACCCAGAGCUGGAGGAGGAGGGGGCAGCCGCUGAAGACGCAGACCCCAACAACGGAGCACAAGAUGACAUGAACUGGAAUGCUUUGGAGUGGGACAGAGCAGCAGAGGAGCUCACCUGGGAAAGGAUGCUUGGCCUGGAUGGUUCGCUGGUAUUUUUGGAGCAUGUGUUUUGGGUGGUGUCUCUAAAUACACUCUUCAUUCUGGUCUUUGCAUUUUGUCCCUACCACAUCGGACACUUCUCCGUUGUUGGCAUUGGCUUUGAGGAAUAUGUUCAAGCAUCCCACUUUGAGGGCCUAAUCACAACAAUCGUGGGCUAUAUACUUCUGGCUAUGACGCUCAUCCUGUGUCACGGACUGGCUGCUCUGGUCAGGUUCCAACGCUCCCGCCGUCUCCUUGGAGUCUGCUACAUUGUUGUCAAGGUGUCUUUGCUGGUUGUUGUGGAGAUUGGCGUCUUUCCACUGAUCUGCGGCUGGUGGCUUGACAUCUGCUCUUUAGAAAUGUUUGAUGCCUCAUUAAAGGACAGAGAACUGAGUUUCAAAUCGGCUCCUGGUACUACCAUGUUCCUGCACUGGCUUGUGGGAAUGGUUUAUGUCUUCUAUUUUGCGUCAUUCAUUCUCCUUUUGAGAGAGGUGCUGAGACCGGGAGUUCUGUGGUUUCUGAGAAACCUCAAUGAUCCGGACUUUAACCCGGUGCAGGAGAUGAUCCAUUUACCCAUCUACAGACACCUGCGGCGGUUCAUCCUGUCCGUGGUGGUCUUCGGCUCCAUCGUGCUGCUCAUGCUGUGGCUGCCAAUCAGACUCAUAAAAGUACUGCUGCCCACCUUCCUGCCGUACAACGUAAUGCUCUACAGUGACGCCCCUGUCAGUGAGCUGUCUUUGGAGCUCUUGCUGCUUCAGGUGGUGCUUCCUGCCCUGUUGGAGCAGGGACACACCCGCCAGUGGCUGAAGGGCCUGGUCCGAGCCUGGACAGUUAGCGCUGGUUAUUUAUUAGACCUCCACUCUUACCUCCUUGGCGAGCAGGAGGACAAUGACGCCAACCAGCCUGUGAAUAACAAUAACAACAACAACCCCCCACACGGACACCACAACAACAAUAACAACCCUGCCCCUGCUGUCGGAGAGGGGCUGCAUGCAGCCCAUCAGGCCAUUCUUCAACAAGGGGGCCCUGUGGGUUUCCAGCCCUACCACCGACCCCUGCGCUUCCCUUUCAGGAUUGUUUUGCUGAUAGCCUUCAUGUGCAUCACUCUGCUGGUGGCCAGUCUUGUGUGCUUAACACUACCAGUGUUCACUGGCCGCUGGCUGAUGUCCUUCUGGACAGGAAAUUCCAAAAUCCACGAGCUGUACACAGCAGCAUGCGGUCUGUACGUCUGCUGGCUUUCUAUCCGUGGAGUGACUGUUCUGCUGGCCUGGAUGCCCCAGGGACGCAACGUCAUCAUGCGCAAAGUCCAGGAAUGGACGUUCAUGAUCCUGAAGACCCUCGUUGUGGCCCUGCUGGUCGCUGGGGUCAUUCCACUGCUGCUGGGCCUGCUGUUUGAACUGGUCAUUGUGGCCCCGCUCAGAGUACCUCUGGACCAAACACCGCUCUUUUAUCCCUGGCAGGACUGGGCUCUUGGAGUGCUCCACGCCAAAAUCAUCGCUGCCAUCACUCUCAUGGGUCCUCAAUGGUGGCUGAAGACCGUGAUCGAGCAGGUUUACGCAAACGGAAUUCGAAACAUUGAUCUCCAGUUCAUUAUCCGAAGACUGGCAGCUCCUGUCAUCACAGUCCUGCUGCUGUCCCUCUGUAUACCCUACGUGAUCGCAACUGGAGUGGUCCCUGCCGUAGGUGUGACCCCAGAGAUGGAGAUUCUGAUGCAGAGAAGGAUCUACCCAUUCCUGCUGAUGGUGGUGUCGCUCAUCGGCAUCCUCUCGUUUCAGAUCAGACAGUUUAAGCGCCUCUACGAACACAUCAAGAAUGACAAGUACCUGGUAGGCCAGAGACUUGUCAACUACGAACGGAAAUCAGGCAGAGCAAGUUCAGUGCCACCUCCAAACCCGGCUGCAGAGUAA